CUCUCCUCUACCGUCCAGAUCAUCAACUUCAUCUCAUCUAACAGCAAGAUAGAUGCACCCACAUUCAUACAGGCCAAGGAGGAAAAGUUCUCCCUGGAUGGACCCAAUGAACCACAAAUGAAAGCUUGGAUUUCAUCUUGCCUUCCCUGGUCCAUCACGACGUAAUCUCGUCUCCACCUGAUCGACGGCACCGACGAAACGCCGUCGGCCUUAGCUCUCCUCAAACUUGCUUUGCCUCUUUUAAUUUGGAUCUCGCUUUAUUGUUCUCCUUCUUUUCAUUUAUCUCUUUCUCCCCUCCACUUUGUCAACCGCCUGUCGGUCACCACAAUUCUCUUGUUUCUUAGCAUGACUAUUUAACAUUCCUACUCCUCCAGACAUCUUCUCUGGUGCUCUCUCUCUCUCUUUUUAGUGCCUCCUUUCUAUAUUUUUAUAUUUGCCAUUCUUUUAUACCCGGCUAUCGGGUCCUUUCGGGGAUUAAAUCGUCUUUCUUCUCUCGCUUUACAUCCAUCUCUCUCUCUCUUUCUCUCGUCUGAAGCUGCAAUUCGCCACCCCAAUGGAUCGGAUAGAGCCUGUCGGUGGCUCUCAUCCCUCGCUUCCAACCCAGUUCGAUCAACAGCGACUGCAACCACCGUCCUCCUCCAAUGUCUCGUCCUCGUCCCCCCAACCAUCCCCCCAACCGUCCGGUCGUCCCCCGAGACCGCGCGCCGCCUCCGCCUUUUCCCAACGGGCCCCGACCAUUCGACUACAACGUCUACCGUCCCUAGAUCAGACCGCCUCGUCUAGCCAGCCCGUGGGAUCCGGCAGAUUCAAUCCAUCGGCCUCCGGUUCGUUGGUGCCUCCCGGCCCCUUGAGCCCCCUCGACGAUGAUGACGGGCAAGGCAAUCGUCGCCGGAGCAGCUCCGAACCCCGGCGAGGGCGCUGGUCGGCUCCCAACCCGCAGACCCUCCCGAGAUUGACCACCUGUGCGGGGGAUCAUAUGCAACCCCUGAUGGAGGAGUCAUCCCAUCAGAGCCCCAUCGCCCAAUCCUCCUCCAACCUACCCUUUGCUCCGGCUCCCCUGGAGAGGCCCGCCCCCGUUCCCCUCCAACAACGAUCCCCCGGCCGGAGCCUACUGCGGAGGACGAGCGAGGCCACCAUCAACCGCUUCGCCAGAAACCGCGCCAACACCGUCAGCGGGCCGGUGUCUCCGCCACCCACGGACUGUGACGUGUACAAACCGCACGUCGUCGAUGUGCUGGAUGUGAUUGACCCCGAGGUGUCCGCCCUCUCCACCCUGACCAACGUCCAGAAUUCCCUCUUCGUCCCCAACUUGGGUCCCUUUAUCAACCGCAACCAGACCUACACCCUUUCGCCGUCGCGACCGGCCGAGUCCGAAGAAGAGACGACAACGACCGAGGAGGGUGAGGAUGUGCGCAAAAGGGCCGAGGAGCGUCCGUCGCUUGCCCGUCAAGUCUCCAGCCUCUCGGCGGCCUUGGACGAGGGGGAACCGCGAUUCGCCAUUCUACCGGAUGGGACCAGUUUGGAAGGCUGGACCCGCACCGAUGUCGAGGAGUUGAAUGAUCACGUCCGGCACAUGUUGCAUUCGCGUCGGAGCAAGUUCAAACGUUCCAUGAAGGGGUUUGGGAAAUACGUUUCUAAGCCACUGGGCUUUUUGGUCACCUUAUAUGCCACCUUAAUCACGCUCUUUGGACUCGCGUGGGUGCUGUUCCUCAUUGGCUGGAUCAAUGUGGGAGGACGCCAACUCGAAAUCAUCAACUACAUUGACUACGUCCUGGUGGCGCUGUUCGCCAUCAUGGGCGACGGGCUGGCCCCGUUCCGCGCCGUCGACACUUACCACAUGAUCUUCGUCGCGCACUACACCUUCCUCACCUGGAAGGUCCGACGCAAGCGACGGCUCCCGGCCCUCAAGGACAAGAACGAUCUACCCGCCCGGCGCGAGUACGAGAUCGACGUCGAGUGGGGCGACACGCCCAAGGACGAGCGAUGGGAGUUCACGGUGCUAAGCCGCCUCCAACAGCAACGUCUCACGCACCAUCAGAACAAACUCUCCAAAUCGCACACCUUCUACAAACCCCACGAGACCUUCACGCACCACGCCUUCCCGCAGCGCCUGCUCAUCGCCAUCGUCGUCCUGCUCGACUGCCACUCCCUCUUCCAGAUCUCUCUCGGCGCCUGCACCUGGGGCAUCGACUAUCACGACCGGCCCUUUGCCCUCACCACCGUCAUCCUCUGCUGCUCCAUCGCCUGCAACAUCACCGGCGGCGUCCUGAUUAUGGUCGGCGAUCGCCGCACCCGCAAGAAGGAGGUCGUCGAGCGCCUGUUCGUCCAGCAGUUGACCGAGGAGGCGAUGAAGAAGAUCGAGAAGAAGAAGCACAAGAAGGAAAAGCAGGCCUCCCAGGCGCAAUCGGUCGCCGGGGCCACCUCCGAGGCGGGGGCGAAAUCCGACGUCGAGCAGACAUCCGACGUCGAGCAGAAAUCCGUCGUCGAUCAGAAAUCGGAUCUGCCAGUCAAGCCAGAUCUCAAGCCUGCCCGCCGUUCAUCGGAUCCAUCCCUGCCUCAAACGCGAGCUUUCUAAUGCUCUUCUUUUUGUCGUUGACAUUGCACUGCUGACAACGAAUUUCCUCCCCACCCCCAUCGCGACCUACUUCCUAACGCCCUUCUCACGACGUGACGAUUAAUAAUUGUUCCCCUUGAUUCCCACACGAUAUGAUACCCUUCAAAACGGGACUACACUCCACCUUUGACUUUUAAGCAGCGAAUCUUUGUACAAUAUAAAUAACACUCGUUCCCCCAUCGUCGUUUUUCAACCCUUUUUUGUUUUGGUUCCCGUUCGCUUUUUCGCCUCAUAUAGAUGGAGGUAUUAUCAAAUCUGGUUGGCUCUUAGAUACACGAAAGAUUACCGGAAUAUAUAUUAAUUCAUUGCACUUGA